AUGCCAGACCCAUCAACGACCUCUUGGGGCCAAUCCAACCAAUUCCUCCAGCGAGCCUACGAUCUCACUGGAGCUGCAGACGCAGAACAAUUGUACAAUGAAUGGGCUGAUUCCUACGACUUCGAUAUUGUUCAUGAAUACGCAUCUCCACAGCGAGCCGUCGAAGCCGUAAUCAAGAAUCUCGAUGAUAACAAGCCAAACUUCAAAAUCCUCGACGCAGGGUGUGGGACUGGCCUUGUCGGCGAUGAGUUCAAGAAAUCUAGCUUGAACGGUAAAUUCACGCUUGAUGGACUGGAUCUCACACCAGGCAUGCUCGCCGCCGCCCGCAAGAAGAACAUCUACACCGACCUCGAAACCGCCGACUUGACCAAGCCCAUCAAUCGCACAGACGGCAGCUACGACGUCGUAACGUGCGUGGGCACGUUGACAAAGGGACACGUGGGGCCGGCGGUGUUGAAUGAGUUUGUGAGGGUUGUGGCGAAAGGCGGGUUGGUCGUGGGGACGGUGCAUGAAGAUAUUUGGGAGAGUGGGGGGUUCAAGAGUGUCGUGGAGGGGCUGGAGAAGGCGGGGCAGGCGAGUGUUGUUAGUACGGAUGGAUUUGGUAUUUUGAAGGGGGAGUGGAGUGGAGGAAUCAUGCUUGUUUUGAGGAAGAAGUAG